AGAACUCCAUGUGGUACUCCAAUACCUGAUAAAGACUCAUGUAUGCAAAAUACAACAUAAACAUGGCUAAAUCCUAGUCUAUAUGAUCAAAAUGCACAUGGAUGAAUGGAUAAAACAAUGUAACUAUGCAAGAUAUCAUCCGAUUACUUUAAGUAUAAGGAAAAAGAUUUUGAGAUCUAUUUUUAUAAUCAAAAUGUCAGUCUAUUCCAUUAUUAGUAGAAAAUAAUUCAGACAAGUUGGUCGCGGUGGGUGACACAAAGAAAUAUAGAAAUACACAUUUUGGGUGACCAAGAUUACCUUUGGUGAUUUGUACCUCAGAGAGAGUUCUCUUCUUGUCUUUCUUUGUUGCAUCCCUUUGAAGAGGUUCAAAGUCUGGACUUAUCCAAGUUUGCUUUCAGUACCUUGUUUAAUAAUAUGGAAGGUGUUAUUCCAAGUUGGAUGGGUGAAUUUACAUCCUUAACUGUGAUACUUCUUUCAAACAACUCGUUGGAAGGUGCCCAGACUAAAAUUGAAUUUGCAACAAAGCAUCGAUAUGAUGCCUACAUGGGUGCAAAUCUCCAAAACUUUUCUGGAUUGGAACUCUCAGAAAAUGAGCUAAGUGGUGAGAUCCCAGUGAAGCUAGGAGGUCUUCUGAAACUACAUGUUCUCAACCUAUCGUACAACUAUUUAUCAGGCGUGAUACCUAGAAGUUUUUCAGGUAUGAAGAGUGUGGAAAGUCUUGAUCUUUCUUUCAAUAAAUUACAAGGAAAAAUCCCACCACAACUAGCAGAUCUGAGUAGUCUAUCUGUGUUCAAUGUCUCAUACAACAACUUAUCAGGAGUCAUUCCACAGGGAAGACAGUUUAACACCUUUGACAUGCAAAGUUACUUAGGUAAUCCUCUUCUCUGUGGACAACCAACAAACAUAAGUUGUAACGGUAAGGAGCAGGACAACAAUGGAGUGAAAUAUGAUGAAUCCACAAUAGACAUGGUUUCUUUCUACUGGAGUUGUACUGCAGCUUAUGUGACGCUACUUUUUGGAAUACUCGCAUCACUCUCUUUUGAAUCUUCCUGGAGAAGAGCUUGGUUCCUGUGUGUUGUCACGUCUGUAUUCAAAUACUUGCAAGUAUAUGUGUUUGGGAUUAUACCUUCCAUGGAUAUAUGUUAAUAUGUUUGGAGUCUCUUGUCUAUAUGGACUGUACUUUUUUUCAGAUAAUGAGUUAAGUGCUGAAACCUUCAUAGA